AUGACGGUCCUGCGAGACGAUCGCUCGCAGAACCCUCCAGGAAACAGAGACGUGAUCGCAUCGCGUCUGCUGCUUCCUACUUCCCCCAGGAGCGCCGGCCAACUGAAGAGGAGAGGGGAGUUAGAAGUAAUUCUACUGGUUAUAGAGAGAGAAAAGAAAGUUCAGUUUCAUUUUUUGUUCCUGAUUUCAGUGACGGCGGCUGCUGAUCUGAGAGACGAGCUGAGCUGCUCCAUCUGCCUGAGCAUUUAUACUGAUCCGGUAAUGCUGCCCUGUGGCCAUAACUUCUGCCGGGGCUGCAUUGGGGGGGUGCUGGGUACCCAGGAGGGGUCUGGGGCUUAUUCCUGCCCUGAAUGCAGAGCUGAGUAUCAGGAGCGCCCUGCCCUGCCCAGGAACAGAGCUCUGGGGAACAUAGCAGAGAGGUUCCGUCCGACUGAGACAGAGCCGGGGGAGACUGGGAUCUUCUGCACUUACUGUCUCCUCUCUCCUGUACCUGCUGCUAAAUCCUGUCUCCUGUGUGAGGCUUCUCUGUGUGAUACCCACCUGAGGGGGCACUGCCAGUCAGCAGAACAUGUACUCACUGAGCCCACCGCUUCCUUUACGGGGAGAAAAUGUUCUGUACACAAUGAGCUCCUAAAGUAUUUCUGCUGGAAGGACUCUGCCUGUAUCUGUGCAUCCUGCUGCCUGGCCGGGGGGCACCGGGGCCACAGGGUGGAGCUGCUGAGUGAGGCCUCUGAGAAGAAGAAAGAGAAACUGAGGAAAGUUCUGGAGAAACUGAGCCCAGAGAGAGAGGAGACUGAGAGAGGAGCCCAGAGGCUGCAGGAGCGCAGGAGAGAAGUGGCAGAAGCGGCAGACGGUGAGACAGAGAGAGUCACUGCCCUGUUUAGGGGCAUCAGGGAAGAGCUGGAAGCCCUAGAGAAGCGACUCCUGAGUGACAUCUCCAGGCAGAAAGAGGAGCUCUCACUCACACUCACUGAGCUGAUCCAACAGCUGGAAAUAAAGAAGGACGAGCUGUCCAGGAAGAUCCGGCACAUUGAGGAGCUGUGCAACAUGGCAGAUCCACUCACUGUCCUACAGGAACAAUGGGAAUCCCAUGGAGCUGCCUUUUGUGGGGCUGAGGGGGCAGAUACUGAGGGGGGAGACAGGAAGCGCAGAAAAAUAAAUCAUAUAAAUACCCCGACUGUAGGGGAUCUGGAUGUGGGUCGGAUCUCAGAGACAUUACUCACAGGCUUAGCUGGGAUUGUGACUGGGGUAGAGGGAUGGAUCUAUGGGCAGGAGGCUACAGAGCUGGUACUGGAUAUAAACACGGCUGGGAGUCAUGUAUCUGUAUCAGGGGAUGGGAAAUCUGCUUCCUACUCACAUACAGACCAGCGUCGCCCACAAACCCCAGAGAGAUCUCAGUACUUUCAGGCUUUAAGCACCAGGAGUUUCCCCUCAGGGCGACAUUACUGGGAAGUGGAGGUCAGUGAAUCAGGGGGCUGGAGGGUAGGGGCGGCCUAUCCCAGUAUAGAGAGGGGAGGGGGUCAUUUCUGGAUUGGGAAUAAUAACAAGUCCUGGUGUUUGUGCAGAUUGUUUAAUAAUAACUAUACAGUGAGACAUGAUGGGAAAGUUACACAGUUACCCCACGUCCCUCCCUGCAGGAGAAUCAGGAUCUCAUUGGACUAUGAGGCCGGACACCUGUCCUUUUAUGAGCUGAGUGAGCCAAUCAGGCACUUACACACCUUCACUGCCUCCUUCACUGAGCCCCUUCAUGCUGCAUUCUGGGUAGGGUGGGGUGCCUGUGUGAGAAUCAUUAGUUAGGGCCCUGCCCACUGCCCAGCAGGAACCCCAUUCCCAGAGCUGCCCUUAGCCCUGUGAUGCCAGGGAAGGAAGGGGUGCAAGAGCCAUGUUUAUGUUGGGCAGCCACAAUAACUAAGUGUGGCUGCAUUACUAGGUGUUAAGUUACACAAAUGCAGUUGCCAGUAACAACCAAUAACAUUUUUUCUUUUAUUGUGCAACAGAAUGCUCAUAUCUAAAUGCUGAUUGGUUGCUAUCGGUAACUGCAAUUGUGCAGUUCUCUAAAAUGCUGCCUUUUCCCAUACAGACCCUUACAACUCCCUGUAACUCCCAAUAGAGCCUGUAUUACAAAUGACCCUCUCA